GGAGGUUGAUGGUCCAGCAUUCCAUCUGAAAUUGGAUCACCAUCACCAUGACCAUGGGCAAGAUCAUCUUCUACGAGGACAAGAACUUCCAGGGUCGUUCCUAUGAGACCAGCAACGACUGCGCUGAGGUGACCUCCUACCUGAGCAGGUGCAACUCCUGCAGGGUGGAGAGCGGCUGCUUCAUGGUCUAUGAGCGCCCCAACUUCAUGGGUCACCAGAUGAUGGUUAGGAGAGGAGAGUACCCCGACAACCAGCGCCUGAUGGGGAUGACCAUGAGCGACUGCAUCAGGUCCUGUCGUAACAUUCCCAGUUAUAGGGGCCAGUUCAGAAUGAGGAUGUACGAGAGGGAGAACUUCGGAGGCCAGAUGCACGAGCUGAUGGACGACUGUGACUCCAUCCAGGAUCGUUACCGCAUGUCCGACUGCCAGUCCUGCAACGUGAUGGAGGGCCACUGGCUCAUGUACGAGCAGCCCCACUUCAGAGGCAGGCAGAUGUACGUGAGGCCUGGAGAGUACAGGAACCUCAGAGAGAUGGGAAACAGCUCCAUGAACAGAUUCAUGUCGGUUAGACGUAUCACUGAUUCCUGCCUCACGUACAUCUGCCUGCCUCUGAAGUGGGGCUGCUCGUACAUGAGCCAGUGGCCCUCCAUCACGUUGCAGGACUGGCAGUCGGACAUGCGGAGUUGCACCUGCUCAGAUUAUUCUCUGCUUCCCGUCCUUCCUCAGAUCACAUUCUACGAGGAAAAGAAUUUCCAGGGCCGCUGCUAUGAGUGCAGCAGCGACUGUGCCGACCUGCACUCCUACCUCAGUCGCUGCAACUCGGCGAGGGUGGAGAGCGGGGCCUGGGUGCUUUAUGAGAAACCCAACUACAAGGGCUACCAAUACAUCCUGAGCCCAGGGGAGUACACAGACAACCAGCAAUGGAUGGGAUUCAACGAUAGCGUCAAGUCCUGCCGCGCCGUCAAAAACGUGUAUGGCAACGUGUGGAAGCUGAGGCUGUACGAGAGGCCAGACUUCGGCGGUCAGAUGGUGGAGUGGGCCGAGGACUGCCCCUCGGUCUACGAGGCCUUUAAGUUCCGCGAGGUGUAUUCGUGCAUGGUGACCCACGGCGCCUGGGCCUUCUACGAACUGCCGAACUAUAGGGGACGCCAGUACUUCCUGGAGCGCGGCGAGUACCCCCGCCACACAGACUGGAGCGCCGCAUCUGCCGCCGUGGGCUCCUUCCGCAGGAUCACCGAGUUCUAGGGCUCUGUCACCUUUGACCUUUGAGUGUAGGAUCAAGUUGUUCUCUGGUCUUACUGAGUCUGUGUGACAUGAUCCAAUA